GGGCCGCAGAGCAAAACUCCAUUUCAAAAAAACUAAUAAUAAAAAAGCUGAUUUAAACAAGAUGGGCACUUACUUCACAAAAGCUUCUUGAGAAAUUUAUCAGGAGAUACCUGCUACUAGGGUGUUAAAGACUAUUUAAAAUCGCUGUUAAAAAUUACAAACUUUAGAGGUAACUUCCAACAACAUAUCUUUUCCAUCUGAAAAAUACAUAUAACUGAUUCUGUAUGAUGCAAAUACAGCACUGAAAAGUGUACACAUUUGUGUUUAUGCCCUUAAUUUUAUACUUUAUUAUUCAGAAAAGUAUUAUGGAUUCACUAGUGUUGUGGAUCUUACGCCAUUCUCUUUUCUCAGGAGUAGAGAAUACAUUAGGAAAUACUUCUGUGUAAAUAAAUAUUUUAUUAAAUAAUUUCAGUCACUCUUGUAAGUCAGAACUAGUUCUGUUUACUCUCUCAUUUUACCUGUAGUUGAGUUAUAAAUUCUGCUGUCUACCUGGUAAGUGUGUGUAUGUGUCUCUAUGUGUGUGUGUUUGUUUUUCAGGUACUGCUGACAUUUAGAGAUGUGGCCAUAGAAUUCUCUCUGACAGAGUGGCAAUUCUUGGACACUGCACAGCGGAAUUUAUAUAGGAAUGUGAUGUUAGAGAACUACGAAAAUCUGGUCUUUCUGGGUAUUGCUGUCUCUAAGCCAGACCUGAUCACCUGUCUGGAGCAAGAAAAAGAGCUUUGGAAUAUGAAGAGACAUGAGAUGGUGGAUAAACCCCCAGUAAUGUGUUCUCAUAUGAUCCAAGACCUUUUGCCAGAGAAGAACAUAGAAGAUUCUUUCCAUAAAGUUACACUGAGAAGAGAUGAAAAAUAUGAACAUACAAAUUUUCUGUUAAAAGAAGGCUGUAAAAGUGUGGAUGAGUGUAAGGUGCAAAAAGAAGAUUAUAAUGAACUUAACCAAUAUUUUCCAACUAUCCAGAGCAAAAUAUUUAAAUGUGAUAAAUGUAUGAAAGUCUUUUAUAAAUUUUCACAUUUAAAUACACAUAAGUUAAGACAUACUGAUAAGAAACCUUUCAAAUGCAAAGAAUGUGGCAAAUUAUUGUGUAUGCUUUUACACCUAACUCAACAUAAAAGAAUUUAUACUACAGUGAAUUUUUACAAAUGUGAAGAAUGUGGCAAAGCUUUUAACUAUCGCUCAGCCCUUACUACACAUAAGAUAAUUCAUACUGGAGAGAAACCUUAUAAAUGUGAAGAAUGUGGCAAAGCAUUUAAUCGGUUUGCAAACCUUACUAGACAUAAGAGAAUUCAUUUUGGAGAGAAAGUCUACAAAUACGAAGAAUGUGGUGAUGCUUUUAAUCAAUCCGCAAACCUUACUACAUAUAAGAUAAUUUAUACUGGUGAGAAACCCUACAAAUGUGAAGAAUGUGGCAAAGCUUUUAACUAUCGCUCAACCCUUACUACGCAUAAGAGAAUUCAUACUGGAGAGAAACCCUACAAAUGUGAAGAAUGUGGCAAAGCUUACACAGAACCUGCAACCCUUAAUAGACAUAAGAAAAUUCACACUGGAGUAAAACCAUACAAAUGUGAAGACUGUGGCAAAGCUUUUACAUACUCUGCAACCCUUACUAGACAUAAGAUAAUUCAUACUGGAGAAAAACCAUACAAAUGUGAAGAAUGUGGCAAAGCUUUUAACAAAUCCUCAAUGCUUACUGCACAUAAUAGAAUUCAUACUGGAGAGAAACCCUACAAAUGUAAGGAAUGUGACAAAGCUUUUAACCAAUCCUCAAAACUUGGUAAACAUAAGAAAAUUCAUAAUGGAGAGAAAACCUACAAACAUAAAGAAUGUGGCAAAGCUUUUAAUCAGUCCUCGAAGCAUACUACACAUAAGAUAAUUUAUACUGGUGAGAAACCAUACAAAUGUGAAGAAUGUGGCAAAGCUUUUAACUAUCGCUCAAACCUUACUACACAUAAGAGAAUUCAUACUGGAGAGAAACCUUACAAAUGUGAAGAAUGUGGCAAAGCUUUUAACCGGUUUGCAAACCUUACUAGACAUAAGAAAAUUCAUACCGGAGAGAAACCCUGCAAAUAUAAAGAAUAUGGCAAAGCUUUUAAUCAAUCCUCAAACCUUACUACACAUGAGAUAAUUUAUACUGGUGAGAAACCCUACAAAUGUGGAGAAUGUGGCAAGGCUUUUAAUUAUCGCUCAACCCUUACUACACAUAAGAGAAUUCAUACUGGUGAGAAACCCUACAAAUGCGAAGAAUGUGGCAAAGCUUUUAACCAGUUUGCACACCUUACUAGGCAUAAAAGAAUUCAUACCGGAGAGAAACCCUACAAAUGCGAAGAAUGUGGCAAAGCUUAUACAGAACCUGCAAUCCUUACUAGACAUAAGAAAAUUCACAGUGGAGAAAAACCAUACAAAUGUGAAGACUGUGGCAAAGCUUUUACAUACUCUGCAACCCUUACGAGACAUAAGAUAAUUCAUACUGGAGAAAAACCAUACAAAUGUGAAGAAUGUGGCAAAGCUUUUAACAAAUCCUCAAUGCUUACUGUACAUAAGAGAAUUCAUACUGGAGAGAAACCCUACAUAUGUAAAGAAUGACAAAUCUUUUAACCAGUCCUCAAAACUUGGUAAACAUAAGAAAAUUCAUACUGGAGAGAAACCUUAGAAAUAUGAAGAAUGUGGCAAAGCUUGUGCACACUCUGCAACCCUUACUAGACGUGAGAUAAUUCAUACUGUAGAGAAACCAUACACAGGUGAGGACUGUGACAAAGCUUUUAACAAAUCCUCGAUGUUUACUGCACAUAAAAGAAUUCAUACUAGAGAGGAACUGUACAGAUGUGAAGAAUGUGGCAAGCUUUUAACUAUCGCUCACACCCUACUACACAUAACAGAAUUCAUACUGGAGAGAAACCAUACAAAUGUGAAUAAUGUGGCAAAACUUUUAACUGAUUUUCAACCCUUACUAAACACAAGAGAAUACAUACUGGAGAGAAAUUGUAUAAAUGUGUAGAAUGUGGCCAAGAUUUCAACUGAUCCUCAGCACUUACUGAACAUAAGAGAAUUCAUAUUGGGGAGCAACCUUACAGACGUGAAGAAUGUAACAAUGCUUUUAAUCAAUCUGCAAACAUUAACCCUAAGAAAACUUAUACCAGUGAGAAACUUUACAAAACCAAAAUGUGUGAUAACAAUUUUGACAACACCUCAACCUUUUCUAAAUAUAAAAGUAAUCGUACUGGUGACAGAUCAUAGAAAUGUGAAGAAUGUGACAAAACCUUCAAAACGUCUGACUUAUUUUUAAGUAAGAUAAUUUUUACUGGAGAAAACACAAGUGUAAAUAUUGUGAAACUUCUAAUUAAUGUUCACAACUUACUGCACAGGAAUGCACUUAAGAAAAAUUGUACAAAUAAAAAUAAUGUGAAAUAACCAUUAA